AUUGUAAGUUUUUCCGAGAAAAAAAAGAGCCCUGUCCAGAUUGGUUUCUCGGAUGGUUCUCCCAGGGAACGAAAUUGUUCGCUAGAUGGAAGCCUCCAGGGAACGAUCGCUGGUUAUUCCUCAUCGCAGUUUGCCACCUGUGCCUCGCAUCCUCCGCUUCCUUCGCCACCUCGCCCUCGGGCAAACGCCGAUUUCUCCUUCCAAACGUACGCUCGCUUUCUCGUUCCAAGGGACCAAGGGUUCGGGGGAUUUUUUUUUUUUUUUUUGAGAAAAGGGUUCGGGGUUUGGCUUUGGUGGGGCGAGACGGUGGGUUCCCUGAAACCGCGCGGGACCGCAUGGCCGACCCAUCGGCGAGCCCCUCCGGCGACGGCGGGAGCCGCAUUAGUAGCGGCAGCCCCACGGCCGGCGGCAUCGGGGAGGAGCGGGACGUGCUCCUGCCCGUCGCCGAUAUCAGCCGCUCUUGGAUCUCUGCUUGGCUUGAACGGCCUUCGUUUUUAGCGGCUGACGCGUCGGUGCUUUGCAUGGAGAGCGGCGAGAGCGACGGAUGCAAGAGGGCGAAGCGGGAGGCCACGGCCGGCGACGACCUGCUGCCCGAGACGGCGAAGCAGGGGUUUCAGGCCCACCCGCACAAGAACAGAUCGGAGCUCCCUUGCACAAUGGAGGUGGUGGAGCUAAGCCCCUUGCCCGUGCCUGAUGUCAGGGAUUGGUCUGAGCUCCCACUCGAUGCCCUUUCUGCAAUCUUCAUGAAGCUUGGGACCAUCGAGAUUCUGAUGCGCGCCGAACUUGUGUGCCGCUCAUGGCGCAUAACAGCCAAGUCCCCUGACUUGUGGCGUUUCGUGGACAUGACGCGCCACAAGGUGGUUUUCUCAAAGGCAGAAAAUGUCUUGUGCGAAAUGGCAAAGGUGGCUAUAGAUCGCUCCGAGGGACGGAUGGAAUCGUUCUGGGCUCAGAAGUUUGUCACUAGCGAACUCCUAAAUUACAUUGCAAACAGAUGCAACUCAUUGAAGAGCAUUCGACUCAUUGCCUCCCAAUACUUUUGGGAUGACGCAGUAACUAAGCUUGCCGCUAGAUGUCCAAUGCUAGAAGAGAUAGAGUACUCUGGUCAGAAGCUGUCGUGGCCAUUUUUCAAGCGGAUCGGUGCUGCUCGCCCAGAGCUGAAACGUUUAAGAGUCCGUUUGCCUUGGGUCGACGAGGAGGAAGAGGAGGAGCUUUAUGAGGCCUCGGAGGCGAGACACAACGAGGAGGCCUUCGCCAUAGCAGAGAGCUUGCAGGAGUUGCAGCUCCUUCAGAUGGCAGGCUACGGCCUGACUGAAAAGGGGGUGUACGCCAUCCUUGAAGGCUGCCCCCACCUCGAACUCCUCGACCUUAGAGAAUGCGGCAACCUCGAAGUUGAUGAUGAACUCCGAGCUCUCUGUGCCAAUAUCAGGCAUGCCCAGCUGCCAGGAGUGGUGGGGUCUCCUCCUCACGUUCAGUGCCCAGAUCUCCGUACCAUCGAGGAGAACGAAGGUGAAGUGAUAGAGCAAUCUGAUCUCUAUGCUUGCUCUCCGCACAACGAGGCAGCGAUGGACAGCGAUGGCUACGGCCAGUGCUAUUGUCAUGGCUGCGGCGAGUACUAUUGCGAAUACUACUGCGAUUGCUACUGCGAGUACUCCCUGCUCCCCUGGGAUGACUACAGAGAUGACACACCUCUCUUGCGCAACGUGACCUACUCCAAGGAUGAUCCCAGAUACUACUGGGAGCUGUGACAGAUGCAACUAGCUAGCUGUGCCAUGUUCGGUAGUCCAAGUCACUGUCUUGGGGUUUUAGAUCUUGAAGAGUUUGUGUGUAUCCCUGCAGGAGGGCUUCUGAUGUACUACUCCCUC